AUGGAGCACAACGAUAUUGAAAAUGGAGGCUUCCCAGCUAAUGGAAAGCAAGCAAAUAAAAUGGAAGAGUUGGGUGGAUUUGACACACGACUCCAGAUACUAGGAGAGAGGCAGCUUUAUUCAAGCUCACUCGGUCGUCGUCAGAUGGAGUCACUCACAGCCAUAUGUGACACCUUCGUGCCAGCUAUCAACAUCUCCGAUGACACCAUUGAUGAAUCUGUUCUCAGGUUCUACCAAACUUCAGCCUCCAUGACAGCAAUUCCACAGCAUGUAGCAUGGCAAAUAAGAGAGAGAAUGCAACAUCCAAAGCUUUAUUUGUUCCACUUGGCACUAUGGUUGCUGUCAACAAGGAUAGGAACUUUGAUAUUGUGUGGGAGAGGAAGCUUAUCAAGCCAUUUUCCCUACCUCCAAAAGUUCUCCGAGGUUUCACCAAAGAGAAGAGAAGAGAUAUUGCUUUCAUGGUCUCUCAGCUUUUUCUCUCUCCUCAGAAUGCUUUAUGGUGCCAUGAAAUUUCUCACUCUGCUAGCAUUCUUCACCCAGUCGGACCAACACAUUAAGUUGCGCUCUAGAGGCCCAUUGGGAGUAAUCAUGGUCCGUGCUUUUCUUCACGGACUAGCCCGACUCAGGCUUGCCAUUAAAUUUCAGGUGAAUGAGAAGGACGAGAAUCCAUCCUGGAAGGCAAUAGGCUACUGCGGACCUGAUCCAGACUUCAAAACUCAGAUUAGGAAAAUCGAAAGAUCAACAGAAAUGGAAUAUCAAAGAUCAACCUACAAUGAACAAGAGGAGGACUUAGAUGAAAAAGAGAUGCUUGGACCUCUUUACAAAGGAAUCAUCGAUAUAAGGCAACCACUAAAAGUAGUAGCAGAAUCCCUAAAACGAUCAGGUUUCCAGGUCUCAAUGUACCAUGGGAAAAAUAAAAGUUCAUAUUCAUUCAAUCCUUCCUUAACUAUCAAGUGUGAUGCAGUUGUAAUUGGUUCAGGCUCUGGUGGUGGUGUUAUUGCCGGAGUUUUAGCAAAAAGUGGAUACAAGGUGCUUGUCUUAGAAAAAGGGAACUAUUUUGCUAGGAGCAAUCUCUCACUUCUUGAAGGACAAACUAUGGAUCAAAUGUACCUAGGCCAUGGGCUACUAGCAACGGAUGAUAUGGGUGUAGUAAUACUUGCAGGUUCCACCGUUGGUGGGGGCUCCACCAUAAAUUGGUCGGCUUCCAUUCAAACUCCCCCACAUGUAAUCAAAGAAUGGUGUGAAAUCUAUGGACUAGAAUUAUUUGGCAGUCAAUUGUACAAAGAAGCCAUGGAUACUGUUUGCCAGAGAAUGGGAGUUCAAUCACAGGUUGAUGAUGAAGGAUUCAACAAUAUGGUUUUGAGAACAGGGUGUCAUGAAAUGGGUUAUCCUGCAAAUACUAUCCCUCGAAAUUCAACCCCUGAUCAUUAUUGUGGAUGGUGCAGUCUCGGAUGUAAAGAUGGAAGAAAGAAAGGUACCUCAGAGACAUGGCUAGUAGACUUGGUGGAUUCGCUCAACGGAGCAAUUCUUCCUAGGUGUGAGGCCAUAAAGAUCCUACGUAAGCACGAAAAAGGAAGAGAUCGACCCAUUGCAACAGGAGUUGCUUUUGAAUUCCGUUGUCAAGGGAUGAAAGAAGUUUGUGUGGUGGAGUCAAAGGUGACUAUUGUGGGAUGUGGGGCUCUGUGCACUCCUACACUCCUAAGAAGAAGUGGCCUGAAGAAUCCAAAUAUUGGCAAAAAUCUGCAUCUUCAUCCAGUAACAAUGGCGUGGGGCUACUUUCCAGAUGCACACUUGUCCAAUGCAUGGCCAGCCCCAGAGAAGAAGAGCUAUGAAGGGGGCAUAAUGACAGCAAUGUCCACAGUGGUGGGAGAUUUCAAAAAAUCUGGUUAUGGUGCAAUCAUACAGACACCAGCAUUGCACCCCGGGAUGUUCUCAGCUUUGAUGCCUUGGGUUUCAGGUAUCGACUUUAAAAAUCGAAUGUGCAAAUUUUCAAGGACUGCCCACAUAAUUGUAUUGGCAAGAGACAUAGGGUCGGGAGAGUUGGCCUCACCGAGCUCGAUCAGUUACCGGAUGGACUCUACUGAUGAAGACCAUCUAAAGAGAGGACUAGAGAAGGGCCUGAGGAUAUUGGCAUCAGCUGGAGCUGAGGAAAUCGGAACUCAUCAUCGUAACGGAAGGACAUUAAACGUGAAACAAGUGAGCUCUCAUGCAUAUGAGAGGUUCGUCAAGGAGGAGAGUUCAAAUGCAUUAAUGAACCUUUCAACUACUAUAGCUUCAGCACAUCAGAUGGGGAGUUGCCGAAUGGGAGUCGAUCCAAAGGGCUCUGCAGUGAAUCCAAUGGGAGAGACAUGGGAGGUAGAGGGACUGUAUGUGGCAGAUUCAAGUGUCUUUCCAACUGCAUUAGGUGUGAAUCCAAUGGUCACCAUUCAGGCCAUUUCUUACUGCACUGCACAGUCAGUUCUUGAAGCUCUGCGGAGAAAGAAGAACGAGUGAUGAAUGAAAUUACAGCUUCAAGCUUGCGAUUUAUUUAAUUCUAUGGACAUGAACAAGGAAUAUAAUGCAGUGGAAAGUUGAUUUUUUUAGCAUACUGCUCAUUACUGCAGUAUUUUGGUUGAUAUCCCCUCUGUAGUGACAUUAACAUCAUGUUGUAAAUUUUGGUUCUAUUUUGUGGAUUCCAAGUGCAUUGGAUGGAAAAAUAAGUUCUGAUGGUUCUGCUGCAAUAUCAUGGAAUUCCAACAAUUCAAAAUG